CACGCGGCGGUGCUGAUGCCGCACGGCAGCGUGGUGGACGCGGCGGCGAAGGGGCUGAAGCUGGGCGGCGGCGGGGGCGGGGCGCUCAUGGUGCGGCGGGUGGCGAGCGGCAAGCUCCUGUCGGCAUCGUCGCACCUCCUGUUCCGCGCCACCAUCCUCGCCACGCUCGGCCUCGUCUGCCUAUUCACCGUGCACUACCCGUCGCUGCUCUCCCACUCCUUCCGCCUCUCCGCCGCCGCGGCGAACGGGUCCCCGCGGGCGCCGCGGUCGUCGCACCGGAGCCUGCUGGGGAGUUCGGCGGCGGCGGCGGGGGUGGCGUAUGGGGGCGCUGCGUGGGAGCGGGAGGUGAGGAGGAGCGCGGCGCCGAGGAGGGACGGGGGCCUGUCGGUGCUGGUGACGGGGGCGGCCGGGUUCGUCGGCGCGCACUGCUCGCUGGCGCUCCGGGCGCGCGGCGACGGCGUGGUGGGGCUCGACAACUUCAACUCCUACUACGACCCGUCGCUGAAGCGGGCGCGGCAGCGGCUGCUGGCGUCGCGCGGGGUGGCCGUGCUCGACGCCGACAUCAACGACGCCGCGCUGCUCGAGCGGCUCUUCGACGCCGCGCGCUUCACGCACGUGCUCCACCUCGCCGCGCAGGCCGGGGUGCGCUACGCGAUGCGCGCGCCGCAGACGUACGUCGCGUCCAACGUCGCCGGGCUCGUCAGCGUCUUCGAGGUCGCCGCCAAGCACGCCGACCCGCAGCCGGCGAUCGUGUGGGCGUCCUCCUCGUCGGUUUACGGCCUCAACACCGACGCGCCAUUCUCCGAGGACCACCGCACGGACCAGCCAGCGUCGCUCUACGCGGCGACCAAGAAGGCCGGCGAGGCCAUCGCCCACGCCUACAACCACAUCUACGGCCUCUCCAUCACCGGCCUCCGGUUCUUCACCGUGUACGGACCAUGGGGCCGCCCCGACAUGGCCUACUUCUCCUUCGCCCGCAGCAUCGUCGCCGGCGAGCCCAUCACGCUCUUCCGCACCGCCGACGGCGCCGACGCCCGCCGCGAUUUCACCUACAUCGACGACGUCGUCAAGGGCUGCCUCGGCGCGCUCGACACGGCCGGCAAGAGCACCGGCACCAAGUCCGGCAAGAAGCGCAGCCCGGCGCCGCUCCGCGUCUACAACCUCGGCAACACCUCGCCGGUGCCCGUCACCCGCAUGGUCGCCAUCCUCGAGAAGCUCCUCGGCAAGAAGGCCAACAAGCGCGUCGUCACAAUGCCGAGCAACGGCGACGUGCCGUUCACGCACGCCAACGUCAGCCACGCCGCGCACGACUUCGGCUACCGCCCCGCCACCUCCCUCGACGCCGGCCUUCGCCACUUCGUCGACUGGUUCGUCCACUACUACAAGCUUGACCCGGCCAAGAUCUCCAAAGCCAAGCUCACCAAGAGGAAAUCCAUGGCCAUGUCUGCCGCGUCGUGACCGGCGGCGUGUCGCCCGGCCGGCGCGUCCACCCAAGUGUGCAUUCUCUUUGUCCUUGGAGGCUAGCACUCGUCUUCCAACUUUUUCAGUGCUAAUUGUUUAAAGAUUGCAUCUUUGUUUCUCCAUGAUGCAACCAUGCUGCAUUUGCUCAUGCUUAGUGAGAAAGAAAGUACCAAGGGAUCAUAGCAUGGCUAAUAGAGAAUGGAUUGGAGUAUAGAUAAGAAGAUGAACAGAGCAAAGAAAGGAGCCAGGGCAGCAGAAAGAUGAUGUCACUGAGAAUCCUUCUGGUUUAGAUUAUUUUCCUGAACCUUUUUUCAGUUAAUUACCACCUUGUUCUUGUUCAUUUAGUCCCUUUUGGUGUGGUUUCUGAAAGAUCAUGCCAGCAGCAAGAACACAAGAUGCUGUGGUGGGUGUAAAUCCAAGCAGCUUCAGGCUGCCAAGAAAAAUACUAUAUACUUUAAAUUUUGGCGGUGGACUUGCUGCGAUUUCUUUCUGCAUUUAUAAAACCUGUCCAUUUGGGGGCACUGUUCCUGCCCUUUUGGAUUGGUUCUCUGA